UUUUAAUGUAUACACACCUUACUUACACAGGUGAUUGUCUUGUCAAACAGGUUGAUUAAUAUCUGUCAAGUUAUAACAGGUAAACACACAACAGAUAAUGUUAUUUCAACACACCUGCCUUGAUCAACAGUUCGCGGAGUCAGGCCCAAUCAUCUGAAAGAAAAUGAGAAGAAUCACAAUUUUGUUGUCACUCCUUGUGAUGACGUCAUGUGUGUAUGACGUCACCAGUGACAACCCUGGAACGACGCCUCACCUGUCGGAGAUAUUUGUCGGCCGAUGUUGGGACUACAACCUUAUCAAAUACAAAACGCUGAUGACGAUGACGAACGUUGACGUGGACUGUGAAGCUCUGUGGAAUGCAUUCUUCAAAUCGUUUUCCUUCCAACCCCCUUGUUCCCUCUCCAUGCAGAACUACCAGGAAUUCAUGGACAUGGCCAAACAAGAUCUGCCCGUAAACAAGGCGAUGUUCUGGUCUGGGACCUAUGUCAUCGCCCACGAGUAUGCCCAGGACAGUGGACGAUACGUGACCCUCGAGGACACCCUGAUCGGGUACCUGGCCAACAGCAUCGUGUGGUGUGGGUCAGCGUCCGACCCCAGCGGAAUGAAUUUAAGUCGGUGCCCCUCGUGGACUGACUGCCCGCUGGAGGCUAGUGAGUCAUUCUGGGCGUCGGCAUCCGCAACUUUUGCCAAAUCUGCAAAGGGCGUGGUCACUUUGGUGCUUGACGGGUCACGUGACGGCAAGCCAUCAUACAGCAGACAAAGCUUCUUUGCUAAACACGAGUUGCCGAACCUAGACGAGAGUGUCCAGGUGCAGGUGUUGGUCACACAUGCCAUCGGAGGUCCGGCCAGAGAGACGUGCAACAAUGGCUCCAUAGUUGACCUGACAGAUGAUAUUAGAAACCGGAACUUGCAGUUUAAAUGCAUCGACGAUCCCCCAGCAAUCGUCCAUCUCCUGUGUGCCGACGACCCGGAAGCCAGAGAGUGCAAGCUGGUGAAGCUCCAUCUGGCUCCAGACAGCGGGAAACCUGCGAGUGGUCUCCCCUACCUGCUCAACGCUCAGUCGAGGUUUUCUAACGAAUAAAUGCGACCGAUUCCUUUUUGUGCUUUCUAUUGUUCAGACUGUUUUUAAAGAAUGUAAACUUAAAAUAAAUAGUUACAUAAUUCAACAGCUUAA